AUGGUCUCCUCAAAGAUAAAGCACGAGCCCCAGAGCCCCCCUCUAGACAUAUUACGAGACACCACUCAUCUCAAACGCAAAGCCCAGACAGAGCUUCACCCAACAAAUCCCGUCCCCUUCGACUCUUCCAGCGACAGCGAUGAGCCACUCACCAAGAAGUACCUCCGAAAAUUGUCCACGACAGAACAGAGUCUCAGCGGCAGCGAGAAAGGAGCCACAGCCUCUACCACAAAGAAGAUAGAAAAUGACUCUAUAACACCGAGGGUUAGACGUUCUGUGGCCAGAAGACAACGCAAGCCUUCCCCCUCCAGUGAAUCUGGCGAUAAACUGAGAGUGGCUCGUGAUGGUGCAGGGUCGAUUUGGCAUAAGCCCGCAAAGGCUACCAAUAGCCCUGGGGCAGGGGGCUACACUCCCCCAGUCUCCAGCGCCAGUAACAACGGCGUCGGUGAAGAACUGCCGAAGAGAACUCUCAGACCCCGCACUAAAUCAGUUGAAUACCGGUUUCUCUAUCCCGGGGACAAACCUCCCGCGCCACGAAACCCCAUUUCAGGUGCUAGAGCAAGUAGUCGCAAAACGGACGGACCAACGCAGACAAUGCCCUCCCCGGAUAGAGGGUCCACCGGCUCUACAUCGACUGUGGUUGUGAGACGCUGCGUAGCGGAUGCGGUGACAAAACCUUCUCCUUCUCCCCCGCCAGAGCCCGCGGCAGCUGCUACCACAGCUGACGCCGGGACUAACAUUUCUCCCCCGCCACCAGGGCCCGCGGCAGUUGCUGUCACGGCUGACGCCGGGACUAACACUUCUUCGCCGCCACCAGAGCCCGCUGUAGCCGCUAUCCCCGGACGCACUAUGGUUGACACCGCUAUGAAUACUGGACUCUUCACGGUUAUCUAUGUGGACGGCUACCCCUUUAUCGUCCCUGCGGACCCAGUAGAGUGUUUUUCUAAAAUACAGAGCCAAGUGAUUUCGUCGUAUAAUGCGGUUAUCGCAGGAGAAGGUACUUCAUGGGAGAAGUCGGUGGGAUCAACAGGGUGUGUUGUGAGUGAGUUUGCCAGUGGUGGUGAAGCGGACGUUGUUAGGAAGAUGGAAGGGGGCUGGGGAGCUGGUAGCGCUGAUGGGAAUGGUGGGGAAAGUACAGAGGAGGACGAGGAUUACGAGACUCCGAAGGACUAG